AUGUUAUCGGAUGAACAGCAUGGCUUUCUAAGAGGAAAAUCAUGUGUUGGCCAACUGCUUUCCGUUCUUGAUCGUAUCGGCAAAAACCUUGACAUGAGAUUGCAAACCGAUAUCUUGUAUCUGGAUAUUGCCAAAGCGUUUGACACCGUCGACCACAAACUACUUCUUCAGAAACUCUUUCAUUUCGGUGUCGCGGACAAAGUUUUAAACUGGUUUUCUAACUACCUUUCAGAGCGACAACAGCGUGUGUUAGUUCACGGUGCAACAUCAGAUUCCCUCCCAGUUACGUCUGGCGUCCCUCAAGGGUCGAUCCUUGGACCAUUGUUAUUCUUAAUUUACGUCAAUGAUCUUCCUUCGUCAGUGUCUUCACCAUCUGUGAACGUUUCUCUAUUUGCUGACGACACAAAAUGCUUUUCAACCAUCGAGUCCCUAAGCGAUGCAAGAAACCUAAACACGGAAUUUAAAAAUGUGCAGAACUGGGCGCAUAGUUGGCGACUGAAUUUCAAUGCAGAGAAAUGCAAAGUCCUUAGUAUCACCAGAAAACGCUACCCAAUCGUUGCUGAUUACGUCAUCGAUGCUCGAGCUUUGCAGCACGUUCCCAGUCAGAAAAACCUUGGAGUGACAGUUUCUUCUGACCUUACAUGGACUAUCCACAUACACGAGAAGAUUACCAAAGCGAACCGUAUGCUUGGCAUGCUGAAACGUUCGACAGUUCAUGUUAGAGAUGCAAGCACUAGACGUAGUUUAUAUCUGGCAUUAGUCCGAUCUCACCUGGCCUAUGCGUCACAGGUAUGGAGCCCACAAACCGUAAGCAUGUGUGGUGAAUUGGAAAAUGUUCAAAGGAGGGCAACUAAAUUCAUCUUGGCUUUACCUUUUGAAACUGACACUUGCUAUAAAUCAAGAUUGUUGGCCUUAAACUUGUUACCACUGAGCUACUGGCACGAAUAUAUGGACGUUCUCCUUUUAUUCAAACUUACACGUGGAUUUAUUUCAUCUGACCUCAAUAUCCUCCCAGAACAAAACAACAAAUUAAGGAUGAACCUACGGUCACAAAAUACCACCCUCGUGACAUAUCAUAUACCAAAAACUAAGACACUCUGCUAUCAGAACAGUUAUGCUGUUAGAGCUUCACGGAUAUGGAACACUCUUCCCGAUGAAUUACGUCUGCCAGAGAUUUCAUACCAUCGAUUUAAAUCCCUCCUUUCCCAAUAUUACCUAACUGCCACCAAGACCACCUUCGACAAAGAUCACCCCAAGUCAUGGAAAACAAUAUGUCCCAAGUGCCAUCUAGCAAGAUCAUUAAAAACGUUCAAGAACUGUUGUUUCUAGGACUAGCCUUGAUGGCUAAUGUGGACUUUGAACUGUAA